AUGGUGAGUGCUGGGAGGGUGAGUUCUGGGAUGGUGAGUGCUGGGAGGGUGAGUGCUGGGAGGGUGAGUGCUGGGAUGGUGAGUGCUGGGAGGGUGAGUGCUGGGAGGGUGAGUUCGGGGAUGGUGAGUGCUUGGAUGGUGAGUGCUGGGAGGGUGAGUUCUGCAACGGUGUGGUGCUAUGAUGGUGAGUGCUAUGAUGGUGAGUGCUGGGAGGGUGAGUGCUGGGAGGGUGAGUGCUGGGAUGGUGAGUGCUGGGAGGGUGAGUUCGGGGAUGGUGUGUGCUGGGAGGGUGAGUUGUGUGCCGGUUUGUGCUGGGAGGGUGAGUGCUGGGAGGUGAGUGCUGGGAGGGUGAGUUCUGGGAUGGUGAGUGCUGGGAGGGUGAGUGCUGGGAGGGUGAGUUCGGGGAUGGUGUGUGCUGGGAGGGUGAGUUGUGCGCCGGUGUGGUGCUAUGAUGUUCUGCGACGGUGUGGUGCUAUGAUGGUGAGUGCUGGGAGGGUGAGUGCUGGGAGGGUGAGUGCUGGGAUGGUGAGUGCUGGGAGGGUGAGUGCUGGGAGGGUGAGUUCGGGGAUGGUGAGUGCUGGGAUGGUGAGUGCUGGGAUGGUGAGUGCUGGGAGGGUGAGUUCUGCGACGGUGUGGUGCUAUGAUGGUGAGUGCUAUGAUGGUGAGUGCUGGGAGGGUGAGUGCUGGGAGGGUGAGUGCUGGGAUGGUGAGUGCUGGGAGGGUGAGUUCGGGGAUGGUGUGUGCUGGGAGGUUGUGCGCCGGUGUGGUGCUAUGAUGGUGAGUGCUGGGAGGGUGAGUUCUGGGAUGGUGAGUGCUGGGAGGGUGAGUGCUGGGAGGGUGAGUUCGGGGAUGGAAUGUGCUGGGAGGGUGAGUUGUGCGCCGGUGUGGUGCUAUGAUGGUGAGUGCUGGGAGGGUGAGUUCUGGGAUGGUGAGUGCUGGGAGGGUGAGUGCUGGGAGGGUGAGUUCGGGGAUGGUGUGUGCUGGGAGGGUGAGUUCUGCGCCGGUGUGGUGCUAGGAUGGGAGGUGAGUGCUGGGAGGGUGAGUUCUGGGAUGGUGAGUGCUGGGAGGGUGAGUGCUGGGAGGGUGAGUUCGGGGAUGGUGUGUGCUGGGAGGGUGAGUUGUGCGCCGGUGUGGUGCUAUGAUGUUCUGCGAUGGUGUGGUGCUAUGAUGGUGAGUGCUGGGAGGGUGAGUGCUGGGAGGGUGAGUGCUGGGAUGGUGAGUGCUGGGAGGGUGAGUGCUGGGAGGGUGAGUUCGGGGAUGGUGAGUGCUGGGAUGGUGAGUGCUGGGAUGGUGAGUGCUGGGAGGGUGAGUUCUGCGACGGUGUGGUGCUAUGAUGGUGAGUGCUAUGAUGUUGUGCGCCGGUGUGGUGCUAUGAUGGUGAGUGCUGGGAGGGUGAGUUCUGGGAUGGUGAGUGCUGGGAGGGUGAGUGCUGGGAGGGUGAGUUCGGGGAUGGUGUGUGCUGGGAGGGUGAGUUGUGCGCCGGUGUGGUGCUAUGAUGGUGAGUGCUGGGAGGGUGAGUUCUGGGAUGGUGAGUGCUGGGAGGGUGAGUGCUGGGAGGGUGAGUUCGGGGAUGGUGUGUGCUGGGAGGGUGAGUUCUGCGCCGGUGUGGUGCUAGGAUGGGAGGUGAGUGCUGCGACGGUGUGCUGCUGGGAUGGAUAG